AUGUCUUCCGGAGUUGGAGUGAGCUCUGCAUGCCAGGAUGCCUACCAAGAGCUCAAGCUUGGGAAGAAGAAAAAAUACGUUAUCUUCAAACUCUCGGAGGACAUGAAGCAGAUCGUUGUUGACAAAACUUCCGAUGACCCCAGCUAUGAGACUUUUGUCAAGGAUCUCCCUGAGGAUGAGCCUCGUUGGGCCGUCUACGAUGUUCAGUACGAGAAAAGUGGCGCUGGGCAACGCAACAAGCUCACAUUCUUUAGCUGGAACCCCGAUUCCGCGACGAUCAAGAAGAAGAUGGUGUACUCGUCCUCAAAGGAGGCUAUCCGUAAAUCUUUGGAUGGCAUUGCAGCUGAGAUUCAGGGGACGGCGCUUGAUGAGGUUAGCUGGGAAGCAGUUUUGGAGAAGGUAUCGCGCGGCUACUAA